UUGCAUUAUAUUUACGAACUUCUGCUUAAUCUGUGGUCUUCUGACUGUCAAAAAAAACAUCCUUUUUUUACUCUUUACGCAUCGCAUAAAACUAAACCUUACUAUACAAAUGUGACAUGUAAUAGAAUGAACUUUGCGAGAAACACAGAUAUUACCCUCUACAGAUAAUACCGGCUUACACCUACAUAAUUGAGUGUAUAGGCUAUACAACACAUAACUGUAGUUACAGAGCCCCUCAUGGUUGCCAUCUGCAAUAUAUUAUAAUGUUGUCAGCCAGCAGCAUCUGAAAAUUUUCUGUGAUCACAGCUGUUAUUUGCGGCCAAUUGUUGUGUAUUUGAUCUAAUGUUUUGUGUCAUUGUUAAAUUAUGCCUUAUGUUUUAGUUACUACACAAAUUAGACUGGAACGUGGACCAACUAUCGUAGGAGACGAAUUUUCUGAUACGGAAUUGAUGUCGUAUUUGGGUGCCGUUAAGAAGACCGAGCCCGGAAAUAAUUUUGCUGUGUAUGUUGCUGAACAUCCUCCUCGCUUGAUUCUCAAUAAAUUGGAAGUCAGAGGUUACAAGCUGGUCACCACGUGCAGCCAGUGCCUUCCCCUUGAUUAGAUGAUUUUUCAAGCCCUUCGAAUGUUAAUAUUGCUUAAUUUAUGAAUACAUAUUUUGUAACUUUUCUUCAAGGGUUAAGGUGGAAAAUAUUACUUAUGAAAUGUCAAAAGGCAAGGGGGUAUACUAUAGGUUCAGAACCUGUGCAGCAUGUAUACCAAGGUGGUAUGUGAAGUCUCUUCAUGGUGUACACAAGAUAUAUUUCAUACAUUGUCAAAGACAGGUUGAAGGGGACUGAUAGCUGUCGACAAUUUAGAAUUUGAUUUUGUAAGUUUGCUUAAAAUAAAGUUUUAUAUGAUUAUCUUGUUUGUACAACACAUAUCACAUAUGGUUUGAAAUAAGAAUUAAGUCUCCAUUGAAAAUGGGCAUGUGAAAUAUUGCCCUGAGGCCAGGGGAUGCAUGAACUUUUCAGAAAGGCUGGGGUAACGUUUUUAAAUGUAGAUGACGGACUGUGACACGUCAAUUUUGUUUGUUAUUAACUGUGUUCUACAAGAAGACUUGUGCAUAUUUUGGGCAUGCUACUUUGUAAUCCUAGUUUAUGUAGAUUUCUGAGUAUUUUGUUCAGGUCAGCUCAUCAUUCCUUAUAAAUUAAAAUGUUAAUAGAACCUUA